AUGGAGGAUUCAGGCAUCCAGAGAGGCAUCUGGGAUGGAGAUGCCAAGGCCGUCCAGCAAUGCCUGACAGAUAUUUUUACCAGCGUUUAUACCACCUGCGACAUCCCUGAGAAUGCUAUAUUCGGUCCCUGUGUCCUGAGCCACACGUCCCUAUAUGACAGCAUAGCUUUCAUCGCUCUCAAGUCUACGGACAAGAGAACAGUACCUUAUAUCUUCCGGGUGGACACCUCAGCGGCAAAUGGGUCCUCAGAAGGUCUCAUGUGGCUGCGGCUGGUGCAGUCAGCCAGGGAUAAGGAAGAGCAGAACCUCGAAGCCUACAUCAAAACCGGACAGCUGUUCUACCGCUCUCUCCGCAGGAUCGCCAAGGACGAGGAGUUACUGGUCUGGUACGGGAAGGAGCUGACCGAGCUGCUCUUGCUCUGCCCCGCCCGAUGCCACAGCAAGAUGAACGGGUCGUCCCCUUACACAUGCCUGGAGUGCAGCCAGCGUUUCCAGUUUGAGUUCCCCUACGUGGCGCACCUGCGCUUCCGCUGCCCCAAGAGGCUGCACAGCGCGGACUUGAGUCCCCACGACGAGCAGGGCGGCGGCGCGGGCGCCAAGGACCACGGCGGCGGCGGCGGCGGCGGCAAAGACCAGCCGCAGCCCCCGGACGCGCCCCUGGGCCCGGCGCCCAAGUUCUGCAAAGCCGGCCCGCUCCGCCACUACGCGGCCGCGGCCCCCGACGGCGCCAGCCCGCCCUCCGCGGCCGGGGGCAGCGGCGCGAAGCCGUCCACGGACUUCCACAACCUGGCCCGGGAGCUGGAGAACUCGCGCGGGGCCGGCAGCGGCUCCCCGGGCCCGGGCCUGGGCGGCGGCCACCAGCAGGCGGAGCCGAGUCCCGACGGCGUCGCCGGCGGCGGCGGCAAAGCCAAGAGGAGGUUCCCGGAGGACGCGGCGGAGGCCGGCGGCGGCGGCGGCGGCGGCGCGGGGCUGGCGGGCGCCCGGGCUCGCUUGGCCGAGCGGCCCGCGCCGGCGCCCGCGGAGGACCGCGCGUGCUCCCCGCAGCAGUACCGCGCCGCGGGCCGCUACUUCGGCCUGGAGGACGGCGGCCGCCUCUUCGCGCCGCCCAGCCCCGACGCGGGCGAGGCCAAGCGCAGCGCCUUCGUGGAGGUGAAGAGGGCGGCGCGCGCGGCCGGCCAGCAGGACGAGGCGGCGGCCGAGGGCGCGGGCGGCCCCGCCGAGGACCAGGACGCCGGGGGCGGCGGCGGCGGCGGCCCCGCCACGCCCGCAGCCGCGUCGCCGGGGGCCGCCGAGAAGCUGCUGGCCCCGCGGCCCGCGGCCCCGCUGCCCGGCCGGCUGGAGGGCGGCAGCCCCGCGCGGGGCAGCGCCUUCACGUCGGUGCCGCAGCUGGGGGGCGCGGGGGCCGCGGGGGCCGGCGCGGGGGGCGGCGCGGGGGGCGCGGGCGACGAGCGCAAGAGCGCCUUCUCGCAGCCCGCGCGCUCCUUCGCGCAGCUGUCCCCGCUCGUGCUGGGCCAGAAGCUGGGCGCGCUGGAGCCCUGCCACCCCGGCGACGCCGUGGGCGCCCCCAGACUGUACCCCGCCGCGGCCGACCCACUGGCCGGGAAGCUGCAGGGCGCCGCGGACCUGAACGGCGGCUGCGGGGCCCUGCCGGGCGCGGGGGGCGGCCUGGCCAAGCAGAGCCCCUUCCUCUACGCCACCGCCUUCUGGCCCAAGGGCGCGGCCGCGGGGCCCCUGCCGCUGCCCUCGGCGCUCACGCUGCUGCCGCCGUCCUUCGCGUCGCUGUGCCUGCCCGCGCAGAACUGGUGCGCCAAGUGCAACGCCUCCUUCCGCAUGACCUCCGACCUGGUGUACCACAUGAGGUCGCACCACAAGAAGGAGUACGCCCUGGAGCCCCUGGUGAAGCGGCGGCGGGAGGAGAAGCUCAAGUGCCCCAUCUGCAACGAGUCCUUCCGGGAGCGCCACCACCUCUCCAGGCACAUGACCUCGCACAACUGA